AUGCCAAAAGUAACAAAAAGAAAAGUUAAUAAAAAUGAUAUACCUAAAAGAAAUACCAAAAAUAAUGAAGAAGAUACAACACCAAUGAUUACAGUUGUUGAUAAAACUGAUGAACCAACAUCUUCUAAAGGUAUUAAACGAAAAACUUCGUCAUCAGUAGAAAAAAAUGCAAAAAAGUCUUCAUCAAUCAAUGAAAUAAAUUCAAUUGAACCAACUCAAGAAGUUAAUAAUGAUGUAGAAAUUCAAUUACCUACAACAAUGACAUUAAAAAAAUCUGAACGUUUAUCAGCUAAAGGUAAUAAAGCAACAGUUAAAUUUGCAUCAUGGAAUAUAAAUGGUAUUCGUGCAUGGUUAACAAAUGGUGGUUUAAAAUAUAUUGAACAAGAACAACCAGAUAUAAUGUGUUUUCAAGAAUUAAAAUGUGAUAAAGAUAAAAUUCCGAGUGAAGCAACACCAACAGGUUAUAAAUCUUUUUGGCUUUCAGGCGAUACUGCUGGCUAUUCUGGUGUAGGUCUUUUAACAAAAAUUGAUCCAAUUGAUGUUAAAUUUGGUAUUGGUAUAGCUGAACAUGACAAUGAAGGACGUGUUAUAACUGCUGAAUAUGAUAAAUUCUAUUUUAUUGUAUCAUAUAUACCAAAUAGUGGUCGUAAAUUAGUACGUUUAGAAUAUCGACAAGAAUUUAAUGAAGCAUUUAGAAAUUAUAUUAAAGAACUUGAUAAAAAGAAACCUGUGAUAUGGUGUGGUGAUUUAAAUGUUUCACAUCAAAGUAUGGAUUUAGCAAAUCCGAAAUCUAAUACAAAAACAGCUGGUUUUACACAAGAAGAACGUGAUGAUUUUGCAAAAAUUCUUGCCGAAGGUUUUAUUGAUUCAUUUCGUUAUCUUUAUCCCGAUGAACGUGAUGCUUAUACUUAUUGGUCGUAUUUUCGUACUGCUCGUAAUCGUAAUAUUGGUUGGCGUUUAGAUUAUUUUAUUAUCUCAUCUCGUUUACAAGAAAAUUUAUGUGAUGUUAUCCAUCAAACAGGUGUUUAUGGUUCAGAUCAUUGUCCGAUUGUUUUAUUACUAUCUGUAUAA